AUGCUGCAGGCACUGACUGGACUACAGUUUCAGCUCAGAGGAAAGCUACAGGAUCAAAAGUGGCCAGACAAGCACCCUCGAGAAGCCCAUGCACAUUAUUCACAGUGUCCAUUGCCAGUUUCCACAGAUCCUGCAUUCAAGGCUCUUUUCCGUGGGAACUCACUUUCAUCAGACAAAGCUCCGGCCAUUUCAGAGGUACAAACACACUUGGAAAAUCAGUCUAGAUACCACAUACAGCAGAGCCAGAGGCACCAAGUGAAGCAGUACUUGACCCUUGAUACCAAGCUGUCCAGCCAGACACUUUCCCUCUCCCACUCUCACACAAUCCAGCCUGUGGGAGUGACCUCUAUUCUCAGAAACGGACACAUGCCUCCAGUCAGUGAUAUUGGCACACCGGAAAGCCCCGUUACCAAGCUGCUGGCCCUUGGAGGCGAACACGAAAAUGCGAUGGAAGAGGUGAUUGAAGACAUAAUCAAUAUGGAAUCAAAUUUUAAUGAUGAAGGCAUAGGUUGUUCUGAAACUCCUUUACUAAUGCAAAGAACUCUAUCUAGCAGCAUUUUGGAUAUAUAUAACAGUGACCAGGGAAUGCCACCAGCUAAUAUGAGUCUCACAAAUGCUUCUUGCCCAGCUAAUCUACCAGUAAAAAGGGAACUCACAGAAGCAGAUACAAGAGCAAUGGCAAAGGAGAGACAAAAAAAGGAUAACCACAAUCUCAUUGAGAGAAGAAGAAGGUAUAAUAUUAACUACCGAAUCAAGGAGCUUGGCACCCUCAUCCCCAAGUCCAAUGAUCCUGAUAUGCGCUGGAACAAAGGGACUAUUUUAAAAGCAUCAGUGGAGUACAUCAAGUGGCUACAAAAAGAACAACAGAGAGCCAGAGAAUUAGAACAUAGGCAAAAGAAAUUAGAGCAUGCUAACAGAAGACUCCUACUCCGAAUUCAGGAACUGGAGAUCCAGGCACGUGCACACGGCCUCCCAGUCAUGUCUUCACUCACUGCUGUCGAUUUAGCCGCACAGGUCAUCAAGCAACAGUCUUAUCCAGAGGAGAACUCUGUAGACUACUCUCAACAAAUGCCUCUGGCACACGGACAAAAUUCUGAUGUUUGUGAUGGAUCUACAGCCUUUUCUGAUCCACUUUCACACUUCACGGAUUUGUCCUUCAGUGCAGCUUUAAAAGAAGAACAACGUCUAGAGGAAAUUUUAUUGGAUGACACAGUGUCGCCAUUUGGAACAGAUCCACUCUUGUCCUCCACAUCCCCAGCUGCAUCAAAAGAGAGCAGCAGGAGAAGCAGCUUUAGCACAGAUGAUGGAGAUGAUUUAUAAAAACAGAAGUGGUCUCAUAUUUCUCUAAACCACUUGCUAAAAGACUGCGUUGAAUGUAAGCAUGUUGUUUGUUCUUACUUUAAAUACUUAUAAGGAGAGACACUGUGAGGAUGUUACUACAUGACAAAGGUUUAAAUCAGCCCUUACUUCACAGGAAAAUGAGAUGGACAUGAAUUCACGUCACUUUGGCCCAAAUUUACCUUCUGUUCACAGCUGACGUUUGCACAAAUCUUUCUUCACUGGGAAUAUUUCUACUAUCAUUUCAUGACUUACAGUACUACAAAAGUGGUUACCGCAAAAGGAAUACCCAUGUUACAAAACUGUAUUCAAACUCUUUUCGAUCUACUUACACCUUUUCUGCUAAAAAUAUGAGUUUUAUUAAUUUGCUAAUUUCUUUCUUUUAUACAACUAAAAAUUCUAUGAAAUGUAAAGCAACAGAGAACUAUUUAAGCUGGGAACUGCAGAGAUGUUACAGAUAUUAAAAUUUAAAAAUAAGGGAGGUAAUGCUUUCACACACAUAAAGUAAGCAUGCAGAUUAAACUGUGUAGGCUUCUCUUUAAAAGGAGAAAAUCCAUUAAGCUUUCCAUGGAACGCCAUUAGUUGGGGGUUUUUUUAUUUCAUUUGUAGAAAAAGAACACUCUUUUAAUAUAUAUUUUAAUGACAUAGAAGAAAAAUGAAAGCUAACAUAAUGACGGAGACUCGAACUGAGACAGAAAAAGAUAUGGCAUUGCAGCAGAAAGGCUGUAUGGAUGUACAAGACAGCACAGACACUCCAUGUUACAAUUAGCACAAUUUAAAACUACUGGUAAUAGUGCUAUGUCAGCUGCUUAUUUCAAGAAUAUUCAAACUGUGUCCUUUUUUAUGUAGAAGAGAUUGGAAUUCAGAGAUAUAAUCCUGUGCUUUUGGAUGAUGCUUUCAAUUCCUUUGGCAGCGCAGUGAGGUUUUUCCAAAGAGACUCUAUCCAUAUGCCUUUGAUCCAUUUGGACUCGGAGGUAAAUUACAAGAUUCCCAUUCCAUACACUUGAAACAAAGAUAAUGUAAUUUAAAUUUGGCUUUAGAUUCAGAAAAGCUGAAAAGGAAGACUUUUCAAACUAAAGGGGAUAUUCAGAAACACUGAUGUGAUGCACUGCCUCUCAUAACUAGCUUGCUAGGAGGGGGCAUUCAGAAAAUCUGUUCUGAUGACUCAGUAAAGACUUGUCAGUUAGAGGGCAGGUAGAAGUCAUAUCACUUCUAUACACAGUGAAAUUCUGGAGAGUGAUGUACAUUCCUGGAGGACAUUAAGUGUAAUCAUUCUAAUUGUAAUAUUAAUAAAUGGGAAAAAUAAACUGGCACAGGUCUUCAAAGCUCUUCCUCAACCAAAGCCAAACGAUCACAUCAGGGAAUUCUCUAAUGAUUCAAAAUAUGUUUCAAAAGUGUGUAUUAAUUUUGCCACCACUGAACCUACCUCACAGCCCAGAAAUGUCACAGGUUUGGAAACAUUAAGAAAAGAUUAAAGUGGAUGGCUGCUUGUAUUAACAUUUUAAAUGUCUCUAAACUUAUUAACAAAAACCAGAGCAAUUGUUUCUUACUGUUCUGUUAUGGGUAUCUGGGUCCUCCUCACAGUCCUUGUGAGGUUUGUGUUCCUCCCAUGUCAUAGCACGUUCCUGACCAACACAGUUAGUGUCACGAUAGUUUCAUAAUUGUAAAUUUAGCAGCUGGAUAAUAAAUGACAUCCAGAUGGUUAUGAAAGAUGAUGGAGUGUCCUAUUUCAGAAGAAUAUUUAUAAUUUUAGGAAACUCAAGGUUUUCUAUGAGCCUGUGCAAGCUACGUGGAUAUAAGCUGGUUUGUAAGCACAGAUCUGAUCAUUAGAAGAGGUUAUGAUAUGCUCCCACUUCAUGGUUAAAAAUAAUAACAACAGGAUUCUUGCAAGUUUUUUUGGUUUUUGUUUGGGGGUUUUGUGUUUGUUUGUUUGUUUUUUGGUUUUGUAGUAUGUAGGAAAGGACUGCAAAAGACAGAUGAGUAUUACCCAAAGAUAAUUGGAUAUAGGACUGAACACCAUCUUAAUUGGAGUGCUUCUAUAAAUUGGAUUAAUUAAAAGAGGAAGCUUUUUGUCAUAGUUUUCCCAAAGACUAGCUAAUAUUGACAUCUGAAUACAAAACAUGAUGAAUUAAAAGUAACAUUUAGGAGCAUAUUGUGUCUGGUAUAGUAUGAGUAUUUCCAUUUAAUCUGAGUAUUGUCCAUAUUCAGGAAGGGAUAUUUGGUUGAUAUCAAAUGCCAUUUGUCCUUGUACUGCAGUUUCUACUACAUUAGUUUUAAAUACACCAGUGUGGAUUGCUCAUAAUGGAGAAAAAGAAAUUAAAUAUGAAUGUAUUACAUGAUUUUCCCAUUGAACUUUUACAUGUGAGUUAGACCAUACUUCUGAACUAUAUUGACUUUAAAUAACUCCUGAAUUUCAUCACUUUUAUAAACACUGUUCUAAAAAAACAUUAUAGUGCACCCAUUAAAUUUUUUAAAGUUGAUUUUCAUUCUUCUGACAAUUGCUUCAGUUUAAAGCACCAGAAUUUUUCUCUCUCUUCUUGCAUGAGAAAGUUGACAAAAGAUAGUGAAUGCUCUUUUUGCAAUAUACUGUAUUUCAUCUAUCCUCAAACAUAUUCAAGCUGUCUUCCUCCACACAAAACCCCCAGCCUCCUUGCUUAAAACACGAAAUGCAUCAAUACCUGCAGGUGUUUAUUAUGGCAAUGGUGUUUCACCAACAUUGCAUUUUUUCUAGUAGAAAGUCAUCAUAAUUUUUGUGUUAGCUAAUGGCUAUGGACUGGCUUACAGCUUCACUUUUGAAAUUAAGUGGUGGUACAGGGUGCAAAACUAAUCUAGGACAUUCUGGGGAUUAAUAGGUGCCACUGAAGGUAUUUAGGAGAUGUGUGUGCUGGCAGCCACAUUCCAGACUUUUUAGAGUAAGCCCUCCCUCUCCCAUCCCAGGUUUGGUGAUGCUACUGAGAGGACUGCUAUGGCAGAGCUGAGUACAUUCCUAAUAGCUUCCACAGAGGAAAGGGAUUUCAUGACUACUGGGACAAAUCUUGACAUUCUUGAUCAGGCAAAAUUUCUUUGCUGUCCAUGCAAGUAUUAUUGGGCUGAAACAUGGUGCAAGUGAAAUACACUCUUUGGCUAUUUCCUACAGAGAUCUAUUCAGUGAAGUCUUGUGAAAGACAUGCAUAAUGUCUGUGGCUCUGGGACCAGAAAAGAAUUUAAAGUCUUACAGAGCUUGACCUCCAGCUGGGCAGGGGGUAGGAAAACUGGAUAUUUUUGUCAAGAUGUAUUAAACGAGAAGUUCUUGCUUUUGUUUUCAGUAGCAGCUAUUCAAAGCUGGUGAACGUGUUCCUACAAAAUACACAAAACAACAGACUAAUAAUUACAAAAAAGGAAAGGGACUCACAAUAUUAACAUCUUGUUUAAUUCAUGAGAUGCAUAUAGAGAUAUACUAAGAACAGAACACUAAACUAUUUCAUUGUGCAUAGUGUGGAUUCUGUGAAAAGCUACAGUAAGUGCAAACAGUUUUAACAAACAGGAACACAGUUGCUCUAUAUAGUAAAAUAACUAUAGUUCCUUCACUUAAUCUUAAUAUGACCAUUGCUAUUAUAAUACCUUUUGAAUUUAAUAGGAUUGUAUAUAUGAAUGGAGGAUGUAAAAUUAUUGUAAUUUAAAAUUAUGUUGUCUCUUAUAUAAGUAAAAGCAUUUACAUUAGUAUUAUGAGACUGUAGAAUAUUUUUAUAAUAGUUGCCAUUUUUCAUUGUUAACCAUACAGUAUCUUGUUUUCCAAGUCAUUGUAUGCAGACAGAAUGUACUUUAUUACACACUGUACAUGCAAUCUUUUUACAGUUACGUUUUAUAUUUGCUGGUAUUUUAUGUUUAUUAUAUGAAUAUAAUUAAAGGACUGAAAUUAAAA